UGCGCCAAGCGUGUCUGCGAGCGAGCGAGUCCCACCCACCAAGAAGAUGGCAAGCAGCGCCCAGUUCCCUUUCCCCGUGCAGGGCGGUAGUGGUGGCAGUGGCUUGCCGCGCUACGAGCAGCUGAAAGAAGAGCACGAUAUGUUGGUGAUGGAUGGCACGGGCGCUCCGCCCCGCCCCACCGUGAUCCACAUGGAGCAGCAGCAGUUCUACGCAAAGCCCCCCAGCGACCACUUCCUCUGGUCCGUCUUCACCACCCUGUACUUCAACUUUUGCUGCCUUGGCUUCAUGGCCCUGGCGUUUUCCAUUAAGGCAAGAGAUCGCAAAGUGCUUGGGGACCACAAUGGAGCUGGCAGCUACGGCUCUACUGCCAAAUGCCUGAACAUCAUGGCCUUGAUCCUGAGCCUCCUGGUCGUCAUCGUUUUCAUCGUCCUGAUAGUGACGGGGAUUCUGGGGGUUGCUGCCCAUUAGAGACCACAAUGGCCCCUUUGAACCAGGCUGCAAACUGACUUCCUUUUUUAAAAAAAAACACGCUUUACCUCCUUUUCUUUGCUUCUCAGACUUCCACUUGGUCCCCUAUUUAGAUGUCUAGUUUGCCAAACACCAGCCCUUGCCUUGACAAUCUACUAUGGCAUUUUCUAGGACGGGACUCUUGUCUUUGCCAAGAUGGAGGUGGACACGUGCCCAUUUCAAGAGUUGUCAUGCAGUUGACUCUGUUUUGUCAUGUCCCAUAUGGGCCUUGCUGCCCUUUCUGUACCCUUUGAGUUAGUAUUUUUACUGAUUAUAACCAGCCAAGUUUAGCUUCCAUUGAAUGUAAUAAUACAAAAAGCCAUUAUGUGGCUUUGGGGCAGGGGUCAGAGUUAGUGCACAUAAGAACUCAGUAACAGGAUGGUUUUCCAGCUCCUGAUGCAAUGAAAAGAUGUUUUUUCCUAUCUCUUUUGUACUAAGAUAUGCCUUAACAUCAACUGUAGAGCUUGAUGCACAAAUAUUCUAAUACAUUUAUAGGGGAAAAAA